UCAAUAUAUACUCCAAACAACCUCACACAUUAGCUCACACGCACACCUUCUGAGCAUUAUCACGUACGUGGAACCAUGAACGUCUCCACCGCACGAACGCCGGCGGCGAACGCGAAUGAUUUCCUGCUGUUCCUCUCGCUGUCACCGGCGAGCAAGGUGAUCGCCAAGGCAGGCAAGCAGCGUGUGCGGCUGCCCGACGGCGCGUUCCAGUGCCGCACCUGCGGCCGCCGCUUCGCCACGUUCCAGGCGCUCGGCGGCCACCGGACCAGCCACAAGCGGCCGCGGGUGCGCGCCGACGGCCUCGAUCUCCUGCUAGGCGCGCGUCCCGGCAAAGGCGCCGCGAGAGAUGUCCACCGGUGCAACACAUGCGGCAUGGUGUUCCCCACCGGCCAGGCGCUCGGAGGCCACAUGCGCCGGCACAGGGCGGCCCUCGAUGUUGCCGCGUCAGAGACGACGACAUCUGGCUUGUCUGAAAAGGGAGAUAGCGAGGAUGACGCUGCCCACUUGCCCAGCACAUUAAUCCAGUUCAUAUGAAUGAUCGAUCAGUAUCAACAAAUUAAAGUUUGGUUUGGAGUGGUUGCUUGUAACAUACCUGCUCAUUAGUAUAUGCACAAAUAUGUCACACUUUUUACUUUAUUCUGUAAUGGUUAUACUGAAACAACGGCGAAGUACACAUGGUCUUGAUUAUAUUGCUUAAAAGAA